AUGCCUAGACAAAGAAGAUCAGCUCCAGCUCCAAGACAACAAACAAGAUCAGCUCACACUGCUGCUUCUUACCCAACUCAUCAUCAGCCACAGCAACAUUCUCAGCACCCGCCAGCUGCUGCUGCUGCCAAUCAUGCGCCAACUUCACAAGGACCCGGCUUGUUUGGUCAAAUGGCCUCAACCGCGGCAGGUGUAGCUGUUGGAUCAACUAUUGGUCAUACUUUGGGCGCUGGUAUCUCGAGUAUAUUUGGUGGUGGAGGUAGCAGAGAACAAGCGGUUGAACAACAGCCUCAACAACAACAACAAAAUUUGGCUCCAUAUCAACAACAAAACUCGGUUCAAAAUCAAGAACAAACAAGAAACUGUGAUUUAGAUGCUAGAAAUUUCACCAGAUGUUUGGAAGAAACCGAUGGAAAUGUACAAAAUUGUGGUUUCUACUUACAACAGUUGAAAGCUUGUCAAGAAGCAGCUAGGCAAUAUUAG